CAAUGGCAGUUCCAGUAGCUGCAUUACAACUGAGCACAUCAUCCAGCAGCCCUGUUCUGCUGGAGCACAACAUUCACAUCAGCGAUUUGGGAAGGAUUUCAAGUAAGAAUGAAAACGACACUCUGCCUUUACAUUCUCCGUGGACUUUCUGGCUUGACAGAUCUCUCCCAGGAACAACAGCAGCUGAAUGUGAGUCAAACCUGAAGAAAAUCUACACCGUGGAGACCGUCCAGAACUUUUGGAGAGUUUACAACAACAUACCCGGCGUCUCCAGCUUGCCACUGAGAUGUAGCUAUCAUCUGAUGAGAGGAGAAAGAAAACCACUCUGGGAAGAAGAAAGCAAUGCUAAAGGUGGUGUUUGGAAAAUGAAAGUACCCAAAGAAUGCACUUCUGUUGUGUGGAAGGAGUUGCUAUUGGCUACUAUUGGAGAACAGUUCAGUGAUUAUUGUGCCUCAGACGAUGAAGUAGUCGGGGUCAGCGUCAGUGUAAGGGACAGAGAAGAUGUCUUUCAGGUCUGGAAUGGAAAUGCUUCUUGUGCAAACGAGUCAAACAUCUUAGGAAGGAUCUAUGAGCUCCUUCCACAAAUACCUUUUAAAGCGGUGUUUUACAAACCACACGAGGAGCACCACGCUUUUGAAGGAGGUCGAUCAAGACAUUAGCACAUUUUGCACAUCAGAACCCUUGAAAUAUACAUGUUUUUUGCUUAUUAACAUGUUUUGGAUAAUAUUUGGGUAAAUUUUGAAGCAGUUGAGUUCAUAGUUGCUUAAUGUGUCAUGUUAAUUACCUCAUAAUGUAGCCCAUGUAUUAUGACUCUCAAUCAAUGGCAUUUUUCAUCUUCUGAGCACUACUGUCAUUCAUAACAAUAUCCAAAAUACUUUUAUUUUAGUGGAAAGCAAACACCAUUUUAGUUUGAUUUUAUCUAUGGCAGUGUUUGUAUGUUUUUAUACUGCAAAAUUUUGCAAUGCCAAAAACAGCAGAUCAUGUACAGUCAGAUUUUUUUAGAUGUAUUAUAGCAUAUUUUGUGCAGUUUCCUGAGCACAGAUAAAGCUAGGUCUUUGAAUUCAAUCUCAUUUUUGAAAUCUAAGAGGAGGCCUAGUUCCACAAAGCAAACCUUUAUCUUAACAAUACAUUACAAGGCUUUUCUAGUCAGCUCUUUUCUCUGUUUUGUAUGUUACUGCCAAAAUACUGUUGCCUAUACUGGAGAACAUAGAUGUUUAGUAUAUGAGCAGAAAAUUGCACAUUCUUUUUUUAUUUUCUUCUUUAGGAUAUGUGUGGAUUGUGACAGGAACAUGUUUUUGUUACAAUAAAAUGACCUCGGUACGCAAAACAUCAUGAGUAGAUGCUGAGACAUAUAUGCAAUCAUUUUUUUUUAUUCUGUAGAAUUUGCAGCAAAUCUGCAGUGUUGUGGUUGUCAUCUGCUCCAAAUCAAGCACUUUGUUUCUUACUGUGUGUGUAAGACACCAGACAAGUCCCUCCAGGAUUAUAUGGAGUUGUGAUAACUUAGACCAAAUCCACUUUGGUUUUGUGUCACCUUUUCUGAUGAAGUGUAAAGCUGUUUUUGAUCAUUUUGUUAUGGAUUUUUUUCUGCUUUUAAUAGUAACUGAGAAGUGUAGAUGACAAAGUUGAAAAUAUAUGUGUUUUGUGUUUUCAUCUCACCUGUGUUAAAACUACAUUUGUGAAGCGUACCCUUUGUCGAUAAUACUGGCCCCCAGGGGACAUUAUGAACAAUAAACACGCCAAAAAAAGGAAGGGACACACAAAAAAAACAUGUUGCUCUCAAACUCUCACUUUCCUUGAGGGACUGGUUUGGGCCUAUUUUAGUGUAUUUGAAGUGAUGUGACAUAUUGAAGUGAUGCAACCACUGCAGCAGGGUCAAAUCUGUAUGUAACAUGUUAAUCAGAGAUGGUUUUUACCACUGCUGCACCAAAACAAUUUCAGUGUCUCUCAAAUCCAUAGGUUUAAAGUUUUUUUUUUUUUCCCCUGUGGUCUUACAAUGUAAAAGGCUGUAUUUGUAUCAUUGCAAAUCAUAAACAUAUUAGGGAAAUGUUUCAACAUAGGAAGCUGUGUGUUUGUGUGUGACAGAGCGUAUGAAUGAGGGAGUGACACUGACUAUUCAAGGCUGCACUGAGUACUAGUACUAUAAUACUUGAACAUUUGAGGUCAUUUCUACGUAGCUAUGGAGUAUGCAUUGAAACCCAUAGAAAGACUGCUGCUAUGAUUCAUGUCAAAUGUUUAUGUAUUUAUGAUGCUCGUGUCUUGGCUUGGAUUCUCUGCUAAAGAAUAUUCACAGGAGGAGUUUUCAGACCACCGACUUUGCCAAACUUGCUUUAUUUUCCCUUUACUCUUCUUCAUGUAACAAUGUUAUAAGCUCAUACUGUACUGUAGGAUACAAAAAUAACAAUACUGUAUCUUUGCACAUAUACAGUUGACCACUCACUUCAGAUCUCAGACCUUGUAACUGAUUGUUGAUCUUGGAUGGUGCCUUGUGUUUACCAGCAGUUUAGAAUGUCAUCUGUGUCCAGCAUGUUGGAAUUGUACAUAGUCAUGUUUCUCUAGUAGUUUUACAGGUGUUUGAGAAAUAAAAACAACUAAACUUUCA